AACGCGACAGGCUUCGUAAUAUUUUUAUUCGCUCAAAUAGUACAUCCGCAGAAAAGAAAUUUAAACAACAAAGGAACAAAGUAAAUAACUUGAAAAAGCAAGCUAAAAAACAUUUUUUUACCAGUAUUAAUGAAAAUUUAGAUGAACUAAAAGUUACAAACUGUAAACAGUACUGGAAAACGGUUAACAUGUUAAUUAAAAGUGAUACACCGUCUCAUGAUUUACCACCAAUGACGGACCCUGAUCAUAACUUUAAACUUGCGUAUGAGGGAACCGAAAAGUCCGACAUUUUAAAUAAAUAUUUUUGUUCAAUUUCUAAUUUAGAUGGCGCUAGUAAAGAUUUGCCGGAAUUUGAAGACCGAUGUCUUGAUUUUAUUUCACAAAUUGUAGUUAGUGAACAAGAUGUACUUGAUAUUCUUUCAACGCUCGAUGUUAAUAAAGCUGUUGGACCAGAUAUCGUUAGCAACAGAAUGUUACUUGCUGUUAGAAAUGAAAUUUCCAAACCAUUAUGUCUACUUUUUAACAAAUCUUUAAAUGAUAAAAUAUUUCCAGACCAAUGGAAGAUUGCACAUGUUAUUCCCUUAUUCAAAAGUGGUGACAAGUCAUUACCGUCUAACUACAGGCCAGUCUCAUUAUUGUCAUGUGUGAGUAAAGUCUUAGAAAAGAUUGUUUUCAAAAAUAUUUUUAACCAUUUACAUGAAAAUAAACUAUUAUACAAGUAUCAAUCCGGAUUUAUUCCAGGAUACUCAACUUCGCAUCAGUUGAUAGAAUUGUAUAACAAAAUUUUGAGUGCACUAAAUGAAAAGCUUUUAACAAGCAUUACAUUUGCUGAUAUAAGCAAAGCAUUUGAUACUGUUUGGAUUAAGGCUUUAUUACAUAAACUUGAAAAAUAUGGUAUAAAAGGAGACUUGCUAUGUUGGUUGAAAAGUUACUUGUCUAGACGAUCUCAGAGAGUUGUCAUAAAAGAUUCAUUAUCAAACAUUGGAAAACUUAACGCUGUUUGGGAUAAUUGUGGGAACAUAAAUUCUGAUCGGAUAGAAAAUAUUCAAAUCGAGGCUGCUCGCAUUGUUACUGGAUUACCAAGUUAUGCUAGCCGAAACGCUAUUUACAGGGAGACGGGAUGGGAAAAAUUAAGCGUAAGGCGGGAGGUAAAAAAGUUGGCCAUGUUUUAUAAAAUUAUUAACAAUCAGGCUCCAGAUUAUCUACAUGACUUGGUUCCAGAAUUUGUAUCUGAUAUUAGUAAUUACAAUUUACGAAACAGACACAAUAUCACUAUUCCAGUGAAUCGUUUGUCGGUUUAUCAACAUUCUUAUUUCCCAGCAUCCAUAACAUUGUGGAACACUUUAGAUAUUAUUAUUAGACAGAUUCCUACAUUUUCAUUAUUUAAAAGCAAAUUGCAUAUGUUAUACUAUAAGAAUAAAAAAUCUCCGAGACAUUUUUACUCUGGAGAUCGCUUACUAUCUGUAUUACAUGCAAGGUUGCGAAACCAUUGUAGCACUCUUCAAUCAGAUUUGUUUAAUGCAAACUUAGUACAAGAUGCCAAUUGUUUAUGUGGCUUCAUCAAUGAAGAUGCUAAACAUUAUUUAUUAUAUUGUAACAAUUUUUCAUCACAAAGGCUUUUAAUGAUAAAUGAAAUCAAUGUUUUUGCUGUCAAUAUUACAAUUGAGUUAUUGCUCUCUGGUGAUGAGUCUUUGAGUUCUGAAGAAAAUUAUAGUGUUUUUCUAUCUGUACAAAAGUAUAUAAAAAGUACCAAGCGUUUUUCUCAACUUUGACAACCUUAUUCUGUAACAGAUCUUACUAGAACAUGAUCAAUGUAUGCUCUUAGGGGUACGAUAAUCGAAUGAUCUUUAUGAUUGACUUUUGUAUUCUGAAACGUUUCCAUGGAUUUAAGUAAAAAACAAAAUUGAUACUUACAAUUAUGUGUAGAUUUAUUCCGUUUUCCUGUUAAUCCGUAACUUUAAACUAUGAGUGUGUAAUUUACAUUUAAACAAAUUUACUCACAUGACUUGUCAUGUACACUAACAUAUUUUAUUUGACACAGCUCGGUGUGUUUGUAUUUAUUUCUACUGAAAAUAGGCGCAUUCGAUUGGUUAUAUUAAGUGGUAAAUAUCCAUUGAUUCGAUUCUUAAAAUUUGUAUGUAACUUAUUUUUAUAUCUUCAUGCUAAAAUAAUAAUUGGUUAAAGUCAGAUUUAUGUAAUGUUCAUUCAUGUGUAUAUUUAUGUAUAUAUUGGAGAAGACGUUACUAAGUUGAAAAACUUGUGUCUAAUCCAUUUGUCAUUUUUGAACAAUAAAAUA